CGGCAAUAGAGCGUCACCUAAUAGCCAAAGAACCAGGAAAUGCCCGGAAUAAUGUUGGAAUAACAUUGCCGGCAGGAUGACAGGAGGAAUAUUUGCAAACUGUGUGUUCUUCCUGAAAGUGAAAAAAUUAUCCAUUUUGGAAAAGAACAGACUGAAGAACUGGAUUAAAGAAAAUGGUGGGCAGAUUAAAUUUGUGUUGAAUCAUGAGUGCACUCAUGUCAUCACUGAUGAUGCUAAUGCACUUGGCUCCACUCAUCGGAAGACUAUCCAGAAAUAUCGGCUGCCCGUUGUAGGUGCUGAUUUCAUAUGGGACUCAGUUGAAGAAAGAAGACUCUUACAGACGGAUGACUAUGAACCUUCCAAAAUAUCAGCAUGUAUAACAGAGCUGGAAGAUAUAAAGGAUGUGACUAUUGUGAAAUUGGAUCAUGGAAACGACAGUCAUAAGGAAAAGGAAGCCACUGAGAAGGAUAACAAGAGUGAAUUUAAUGUCAGUGGCAUUGUGGAUAGACUAAGAUGGAUUUCAGAUAAUGAUGAAAACAUUCCUUAUUUUCCGGAAGACUUUGAGGUUGCAAAGUAUGACAUCCUUGAAAAGGUUGUGAAACACAGCGAAUAUGUUGUUGUUGAACUUCAGUGUUUUCAGCUGCGAUGCAUGUACCCCUUCCGCAUAUGGGCAUGCUACAGUGUGCUGGACGGACAACAGAAUCAAAAGCGAUUUAUACCUACCAGGACUUCUGAAGAGGCCAGAACGAUCUAUGCGCUUUGUAUUGACCAGCUGAAGGAUGGGGAUUUUCAAUCUAGAAAAGACUUUCCGCAUGAAGCAGAACAUCUUGCUUCAGUAAAAUUGCAAGAGAUCGUUGUAGCAGAAGCCAUCAAUUCCAGCACUUUGUCUGAAGAAGUUGGCAUGUUUGUGGAGCUGAUCUGGGCUGAAGCACUUGGCAUUCUGGAGCAUCUGUUGGAUAAACCAGUAACCAGCAUAAGCCUCAAUGAUGUGAGCAAAGCAGAAGGUAUACUGUUUCAGAUAAAGAAAACACUGAAUUACAUGGGGUCGUCGACAGACCCAUCUGCAAUGUUAUCGGAGUUCUACAAAAUCAUACCCCAUAAAGGUCAUCUGGAUUAUGACAUUAACAGAAAGCUGGUCUCUAGCAAGCAGGAUCUCUGUCAGCUGAUCAGGGACAUGAUAAAUGUUCAUGAAACAAAUAUGUCAAACCCUAACCCACCGUCACUUUCGAAGUACCGGGCUUUGAGAUGCAAGAUAGAUGCCCUUAAUGGUGAAGAGUUCCACAAUGUUAAAAAGCAGGUGGAACAAAACAUUGACGGAAGUCCAGUAGAGGUUUUGCAGAUAUAUAAAGUUGGCAGGAUAACGGAAGUAGCAGGUUUUGAGAGUCAUCUUGGCAACGUUCAAUCCUUAAUCCACUCUUCAUCGGUUUCCAACUUCGUUGGGAUCCUCUCUCGGGGACUCCUCCUGCCAAAGGUAGCAGUUGAAGAAUAUGGCUUGGAAAGAACUGAUGAUGGGAAGUUGGGCAGUGGCAUUUAUUUCAGCAAGUCCAUAAGUACAAGCAUGAAGUACUCCCUUCCAAGUAAAACCGAUGGAACUCGAUUGCUGGUGAUUUGUGACGUUGCACUCGGAAAUUGUUGGGAUACAGAUUGGAUGGACAGUUCAUUAACUGCAGCACCCCCAGGCUACAACAGCGUGCACGGAGUCCGUAAGACAAAAGGCAAUGAUACAGAUUUUAAGGAUGAUGAAUUUGUGGUGUACAAAAUCAGUCAGGUCAAAAUCAAGUACGUGGUUAAGUUUUGCCUUGCUAAUGACACAGUAAAGGAGUUCCGUCCUGCAGUUCCGAUGGAGUUAGAAGACAGAGCACCUUCACUUGAGCAUCAGUCACAGCCUGAAGAUUGUAAAAUGCCAAGCCAAGAUCUGCUGAAUGAUAUAACUGCUGGUCUUUUGGACAGAUCUGGAAACCCAGUUCCUCUGAAGGAUGUUCAUAUCAAGGGAAGAAUUCUAGACUUCGUAGCAGAGGUUGUGGUGUUUCAGACCUAUGAAAAUCAAACAGAUCACCCCAUUGAAGCAAAAUACAUCUUCCCUUUGGACGACACAGCUGCUGUAUGUGCAUUUGAGGCUUUCAUUAAAGGGAAACAUAUAAUAGGAGAGGUUAAAGAAAAGGAAAAGGCACAUCAGGAAUACAGAGCAGCCGUCAGUCAAGGACAUGGGGCUUAUUUGAUGGAUCAGGAUGCGCCUGACAUUUUUACUGUUUCUGUUGGAAAUUUGCCAGCUUCAACCAAGGUCCUCAUCAAAAUCACCUACAUCACAGAGCUCAGUUACGAGAACGGAUGCCUUUCAUUUCACCUGCCAGCUGCUGUAGCCCCUUGGCAACAAGACAAGGCGUUAAACGAAAUCACACAGGACUCUGUAAGGACAGUUGCCAUUAAGCAAGUAGGAAUCAAACCAGGUGCUUUCUCUUUGGAAAUGUCCAUUGAAAUGCCCUUCAAAAUUAAUCACAUUAGCAGUUGGACACAUCAGCUUAAAAUAAAGAAAACAGACUGUAAAGCUGUAGUCAGUAUUGUUGAGGACAGUUCCUUGGACACCAGUGGCUUUGCAUUGGAAAUCCUGAUAGGUGAUGUACAUUUGCCCAGAAUGUGGGUCGAAAAGCAUCCAGACAAAGGAAGCGAGGCCUGCAUGCUUAUCUUUCAACCAGAUUUUGAUGGAUCAUUUGACCCUCUAUGCGUCAGUGGUGAAACUAUUAUCUGUCUGGAUUGCUCCAAUUCCAUGGCAGGUUCAGAAAUCCAACAAGCUAAGCAGAUUGCAUUGUGCGCUCUGGAGACAUGCCACUUUGCAACAAGACUAAGUGUUAUCAAAUUUGGCACAAAUUUUGAAGAAUUUCCUUCCAAUCCUAAAGACUGCAUAAUAGACUUCGCAGCGCUGAAGGAAUUUAUUAUGUCUGCUACAGCUACAAUGGGAAACUCAGAUUUAUCGAAGACUUUGCGUUACCUGAGUUUGCUAUACCCUUCUCAACACAAGCGCAACAUCCUGCUUAUAUCUGAUGGACAUAUUCAGAAUGAAGGCUUGACUUUGCAGAUUGUGAAGCAAAAUGCACAGCACACUAGAAUAUUCACAUGUGGAAUUGGUCCCACAGCGAAUCGUCAUAUGCUGAGAUCUUUAUCAAUGCGUGGAUCUGGAGCCUUUGAAUAUUUUGAUGUAAAGGCAAAGUAUAACUGGGAGAGAAAGGUAAAAAGCCAGACAGCUAGAAUGUUUUCCCCAGGAUGCAAUGCAGUUUCCAUUAAAUGGCAACAGUUUGAUAUAAACUACCCUGAGCUAAUGUACGCUCCUUCUCAGAUACAGUCUCUAUUUAAUCAUGAGCGUCUUCUCGUCUAUGGAUUUAUCUCCAACUGUACUCAGGCUACUUUAAAUGCACUAGUAGAUAACCAAGAACUGCAGACAAUGGUAUCUACAACUGAAUUGCAGAAGACAACAGGAACGAUGCUCCACAAACUUGCAGCAAGAGCCUUCAUUAGGGAUUUUGAACAAGGGAUUCUUGAUGAGAAUGAAAUAGAACAUGAGGCGAAGAAACAGCAGUUGAAAUCCUUGAUCAUUCAGCUGAGCCAGGAGAACUCCAUCGUCACCCAGUUUACAAGUUUUGUGGCAAUUGAGGAAAGGGAUGCGGAUGAAGAUCUGCGUGCUGAUACUUUGAAUGUUUUGGAACUUGUAGCCAAGGAGGAUGUAGACAUCUUACCCUACAUGCAAUAUAUAGGAACAACACAAGCAGCCCAGUACAAGAACAGUGCAAAGGAGCAGAUCACCUAUUCCUGCUUGGAAGCUAUGAUCGAUGUUGUCCAGGAUGAAGAGGAUGAAGAGGUACUCCAUGCUUCACCUCACAUGGAUGGCAUCCUUCUACCCGAUUUAUUUGAGCUGCCAACAUCAGACCUCUUCUAUUGUCCUAGUCCUUUAAAAGAAAGCGUUGAAAUGCCGAUGAAGAAGAUAAAAAGAAAGAAAUGUCGUAUCAGGGACUUCCAGCUUGAAUCUGUUCCCCUUUCCUCCAGCUCUGUACAAGUGGGAAGCUAUGCUCCAAUGAGCCCAGCAGUGUCCAGUGAGGUUGGGAGCUGCAGUUCUCCUCCUCCUCCUGCUCCUGCUUGUCCUCCUCCUCCUCCUUGGGACAUGGCCAGGACUAUUCAGUUUGGGCAUCCUUUGAAGGACAGAACCCUGCAGGUAUCUGAUGUUAUCAUUGGUGCAUCAGCUUCUGCCUUUGGUACCAAGUCUGCUCUCUUUGGUGGCUUCCAGGCAUCUGCAGCCAGUCUUCCAUUUGCCCAAAAAUCCACCAGUGAGCUUGGGAGCCUUGCUUCUUCUAUUUCUCAUCAAGCGCCCGAUUUCCCCUGCUUGUCAACGAGUAGAGAUUUUUCCUUCGGUUCUCAAUCCAGUUUUGGUUUGCAGAAACGUCAUCUUAUCAGUGACUUCCAGCUUAAAUCUGUGCCCUCUAACUCCAGCUCUGUACAAGUGAAAAGCUAUGCUCCAAUGAGCCCAGCAAUGUCCAGUGAGGUUGGGAGCCGCAGUCCUCCUCCUGCUUGUCUUCUUCCUCCUCCUCCUCGUUGGAACAUGACCAGGACUAUUCCAUUUGGGCAUCCUAUGAAGGACAGAAACCUGCAGAGUUAUCCGGCUCAGAGCAAUGACUUUCAGCUUGAAUCUGGUUCCUUUUUCUCCUCCUUUACACCUGAUGACACCAGUGUUGAAAUGAGCACAGAAGUGUCCAGUGAGGUAGGGAGUCCUCCUCGUCCUCCACUCCACCCACCACUUCCACCUAUGGCUGUUGCACUUGAGGAAAAACAAGUUAUGCCUGAGCAUCCUCCUGUACUUCCACAAGGAAUGGGAUUUUUGACGUCAGCUCAUCAACAGAAAUUGGCCACAUACAGAUCAAGUGCAAUUUCAAAGGUUUGUAAUGCGAGGAGGCCAAAGGUUUUAAAAGGAAGUAGAUCAGAGAAGCCGCUAAGAGAUGUGUCCUGGCCUCAGGUGUUUAAACUACAGAAUCAGGAUGGCUUUUGGGAUUUGACCCCAGAGCUUGGGACUCAUUUGGGUCUUAAUGUGGACGAUUUAGUCAAUUUUAGGCUUGCAAAAAGUGGAAUUCGGUCUCUUGGUCUCAAGGGAAAAGAGAAGCUGUUGCAGUUGAUUGCUACACUUAUGGUACUGCAGCUUGUUUGGUUCAGCAAAUUGGAAGGCAUUGUCUUCAAAUCUCUGAUGAAACUGAACGAAUCUCCUCCAUCAUGGGCAUUAGAUCCAGUAAAAAAAGCAGUUGAAUGGGCAAGAAGAACUGACCGAGAUUUUCCAGCUAUUUGCCAGCGCCUUGAACUUGGGAAAGACUGGGAUUCUUUCACUAAGAAGUUACUGCAUAUUUAAGAAUUUGGGACCAAUACUUUUCCAUGACGUCCUUUAUUAGCAGGAAAAUUGGCACCAUCACCUACUUCCUUGUCUAUAAUCAUAAUCAUGCAACUAUUCACUGAUCUUAACUGAUUAUUUUUCUUCAUAUCUAUCUUUUAUCAUGAUUUCAGAUUGUAACCAAGAACAGAGGAAUGCAUGAAUCAAUAUAGACUGGAAAUACAUCUUCCCAUAAAAUUAAAUGCUUUUACCUAGCUCCCAUAAAUAUUCCAGUUAGAUGCUAAUAAAAAAAAUGUUGUGGUCUCUGAGCUUUUGAGCUCGCAGAUUUUCUCUCUUUCUGUGCAAUUUUUUUUUAAAGUUUCCAAUUGACUCAAUAAAAACUUCUCAAUAUG